CAGGCGAACUGCUGCGGUAGGGGUGACAGGUCACAAGGAAUAGUGUAAAUAAAAGAUAAUCCGGGGAAAGUUGAGGGAAGCUUUUUAAGCAGGCUGUAAAAUACAGAGUUGAUGUAUAGAGAGAAAAUGAGCCUUGAGGAGUCUGGUGCUUUUAUUUCCCUUUUCUUUAAAUUUAUGCUCCUUGCUUUGUACACCUUCAGUGAUAGUGCUGCCGGGCUCAGGUUCUUCUGCAGUGGUCAUAAAUAAGUAACUUGCUGGACGCUUGUUUUCAUUUUGUUUAUCAAGCUGUUGAAAUUUCAAAUAUUGAGCGUGAGUAGAUUUUGAAUGCUGAAAUCAACCGUAGUGCAUUGACCUGGGCCUGACAGCGUCAGCAGGACUUCAUUAACAUUAUUUACAUGCUUGUCCUCAGGCAGCCGUAGGGCUCUGCAGCCCCUGUGAAGGCAAGACUUAUAAAGACUAAAUGAAAAGGAAUUGUGUCUUUUGAUCCCCACUGCUUUUUAGCUAGUUGAUAAAGAAAAAAAGAAGGCAGCUGAGUUAUCUGCACAUCAUCUCUAAAAGUUGUAGUUAGUUGUUGCUGAAUCGUAGGUAACUUGCUUUGUAGGGGUCACUAGCUAAAAUAUGAUUGCUGUGUGUAGGAACUCAACACUGUUACAAAGAGAGAUUUCCGGGGGGAAAAUUGGGUAUUUUGAAUGCUUUUUUUCAGACAAACACACCCUCUUGUUAAUCAGAUUUGCAUGGUGGUGUUUCUUGAAGCUGUAGCAGAAAGACUGGUGUUCACAGCGAUUACCGGGGAGGUCUGUCCGUCUGGCAGGGAAGUGUAGGUGUGUGGCUGUGUCCGUAUCAUGUAAUACCACAUGGUUUAUGGUGAAGGGUUUCAGUUACCUCUCAGUGGUAUCGCAGUGCACUGUGCAGGUACGAUCUCUGCUGAGCAAAGGCUUUUGAUUAAACUAGUGCUGAAACAUGGAUUUAUUUUUUUUUCUCUGUCCUUAGUUGGCAGGAUAGGUUAACGUGAGUGAGAUGUGAUGGAUACGGUUUUGCAUUCUCAGAACUACUAUGGAACCUCGGCAGCCCCGUAGGUUUGGAAGGCUUAAAUUCAAGUUUGGAAAGGCCUUUUCCAUUCCAGAUGAUUUGCUGGCUUAAGCGCUUAAUUAGGAUGGCAUUUGAACAAGUUGGAUUGAAGAUGGAAUCAGUGCUUUGGUCAAGCAAACCUUAUGGUUCAUCUCGAAGUAUUGUGAGAAAAAUUGGUACUAACCUCUCUCUUAUACAGUGUCCAAGAGUUCAGUUUCAGCUUAUUUCUCAUGUCACGGAAGGAAACCGUCCUGCUCAGUUUAGAGAAGAUGCAGUGGCCUCCUUUGCAGAUGUGGGAUGGGUUGCUGAAGAAGAAGGAGAAGUCUCUACAAGGCUCAGAUCAGAAGUUUGGUCACAAACAGCCCAGCCUCCCUCAGGGGAGCCACAUCAUUCCGGGAGGUCUCCACGCAGACAAGUGUCCUUACAAAACCCGCUGGAAGAAGAACCAGUGCCCAGGAGCGCAGUGAUGGCAAAUGAAGAAGCACUGCAGAAGAUCAGUGCUCUAGAAAAUGAACUGGCCACUUUAAGAGCACAAAUAGCCAAAAUUGUAACCUUGCAAGAACAGCAGAACUUGACAGCAGUUGGGUCAAGUCCGGUUCCUCCAGCUGCUGUCCCUGUUGCUCCUCCACCGCCGCCACCUCCUCCUCUGCCACCGCCCCCUCCCUCGGGUCUGCAGCAGAGCAGGUCUGCCAUCGAUCUCAUUAAAGAAAGGAAAAACAAAAAAACGAACUCUGGCCAGAGUGUGGUGGAAAACGGGCCAAAGAAGUCUGAAGUACCAAACAUGCUAGAAAUCCUCAAAGACAUGAACAGUGUGAAACUACGCUCGGUGAAAAGAUCCUCAGAAAGUACAAAACCUAAAGUGGCUGACCCUGCAGAUCCUGCAGCAUUAAUAGCAGAAGCUCUCAAAAAGAAAUUUGCUCAUCGAUACCGAAGUGACAGCCAAAGCGAAACAGAAAAAGUGAUUCCAAAGACUGAAACAAAGACACAGACUGAGGUAGUGCUGUUUGGGCCGCACAUGCUGAAGUCCACAGGAAAAAUGAAGACUUUAAUUGAAAAAUCCUAGUGAACUGAGAUCACUGCGUGAAAGACUGUUGAGCUCCUUUCUCUGAAAUACUUUAUGUUGCAAUUAGCACUAGUACUGAGUGGUCUCUUACAGCACAGAAAGACCCUAUGUGAGGCAGAAGUGAGGCACUAAACAUGUUUGUAUGUGAUUUGUCAAGGGGAAUAAAUUGGACCGUUAUACUCAGGUAUUAAUUUUGCAUUCAAGCCUGGCUUUCCACUCAGACUUACGUGGUGGGUUUAGUUUAUUAACACUAAGUUAUAUAUACAGCAUUCUUUGUGCAUAACUGACCAUCUUAAAAAUCUGUGUACAUGUUAAUGAUGAUGGUGAUACACCCUUAAGUUAAUAUCAGUUAUUUGAGCUCUACUUGUAACUUGCACUACAGUGUGUAAUUUGAUACUGAAAUUUUCAUGUUGAAGUCUUUCUUUUAAAUUUAACUUAAGCAAAAUGUUAGCCCAAAGAAAAUCUGAAGGCACUUUGCUUCUUAGUGAAGCAAAGGAAAAACUUGAAUCUGCUGCAGAGGUCAGCUAAAUUUUAAGUAGUAGCACAUUUUUGUGCAGGGUUGGUUGUUUCAAAUGAGCUUGCAAUGCUAAGAGAGCAAAACCUGCUUACGUCAUGCUGUGGCCAUUAUAAAGAGCGCAGGACAAGUGAGUAAAUCAUGCUGUGGGAGCCUCUAUGAAUAGGUAGUCCAGUGAAUUUGAAAUAGCCAGUAGAUAGCAGCAGAGUAAAAUAGUAAGAGAGUAUGUGUUAAUUAGAGUAGAAACGGUGUAGGCAAGAAAAUAAAGGUACAAAGUACUGUGGGGUGCAAGUUGCCAAAAGUAUAUCGUUGACCUCUGCUGCUCUAAGAGAUGCUUGUGGACACCUUUCUCCCCAGCUGUUUUGGGUCCCUGGAUACGUUUCUAGCAGCUGGGGCCUGCACACACCCUCAUGGUCCUGUUUGCCGGGAAGACACGGGAUAAGCCAUUGCACAUAACCUGUUUUCCAAGGAAAGCCCUUCUGAGGCUUCCCCAGAGCAGUUAUUUGCUGCCAGACCUGCACCAGCCACCUGAGCUCAUGGCUCCAGCCACAGAUGAAGAAAAACCUCAAGCUAAACAUACAGAAGAGCUGUUCAGGAGCUGAGAGCUACAGCUUAGUUACACAGUGAAAUGAAGCCAAGCUUUGCUCUGGCCAUAGAUGGGAGUAGAAAAAGCUGAGCCUGGAUAUUUUGGUGCUCUGAGUUGAUCCUGGCUCCUGGGACAAGUACAACUGCCUCUGGGAGCUUCUGUUUUCUAGGAAAAGACGAAAGCAGCACUAUUUAAUAAAGAGAGCUGAAUGACGAGGUUACUGGAGCUCUGCUGCUUAUAACUGGAAUGUAGGUUGUACAGUGCAGGAGGGUGCUUUCUGGGGUGGAACUUGAAAUGGUGUUAAUAUGUACACAAUGUAACUUCCAAAAUGCUCUGCCAUCAGUCUUACUGACAGGCCGCUCAAUCCUUGAGUUCUUUUAACUGACUUAAAACCAAAAUUGACUUUCAGAAAGGUGUUUUAAAGUUUUGUAUUUUAUGCUCUAUUGCCACUGUAUAAAAUUAAAAGCAGUUAAAAUAAA